CAGUAACGACACACACAAAAUGGCGACGAAUGCGGCUGCCGACAAGUACUCUGUGCUGCUUCCGACGUACAACGAGCGCGAGAAUCUGCCGCUGAUCGUGUGGCUGCUCGUCCGCGCCUUCGAAGCCCACAAGUUCAAUUACGAGAUCAUCAUCAUUGACGACAACAGCCCCGACCAGACCAUCGAGGUCGCAAAGCAGCUCCAGUCGCUCUACGGCGAGCAUCACAUUGUGCUGCGACCACGUCCUGGAAAACUCGGCCUCGGCACGGCGUACAUUCACGGCAUCAAGCACGCGACGGGCAACUUUAUCAUCAUCAUGGACGCCGAUAUGUCCCACCAUCCCAAGUUCAUCCCGCAAUUCAUCGCGAAGCAGCGUGAGAAGGAUUACGACAUUGUCUCGGGCACCCGCUACAUGGGCGACGGCGGUGCCUUUGGUUGGGAUGUCAGCCGAAAGCUGAUCAGCCGCACUGCAAACUACCUGGCACAAACUCUGCUGCGCCCCAACGCCAGCGACUUGACGGGCAGCUUCCGACUCUACAAGAAGGAGGUUCUCGCUCGUCUCAUGGAAGAGUGCGUGUCCAAGGGCUACGUCUUCCAAAUGGAAAUGAUUGUUCGUGCUCGCCUUCUUGGAUUUACUCUUGCCGAGGUGCCAAUCUCUUUCGUGGAUCGCGUCUACGGCGAAUCCAAGCUUGGUGGCAUGGAAGUGGUCACAUACGCCGAAGGCUUGAUGUACCUGUUUGCCAACACUUGAUUGGACAAACAUGAGUUUCGUGACUGUGUGUGUGGUUGUCAACUCGACCUGAAACGCAUUUUGCUGCAAUGUCAUGCAUUGGGUCUUCCUCCUCCUCCAACCGCGAAAAACAAAUUCAACGCUUUCAAAACAAUGAG